GGCAGCACAGACCUCUCCUGUGUACUCACGGAUAUGCCAGGAGCAAAGGGAAAACACCGGAGUGAGAGGACAGAUGCCUGCCCUUGACUUCACUCGCCGUGUGCCGUCUGAGAGGGGGAGAGCUGGAAGCUUCCGGACCUCACUCGCCUCACUGGUUGGCAAGGACUGCGUCUGAAGUUUUUUCCCCUCCUCCUGCCUGUUGUGAGCUCUCCCUGAAAGACUGCAAACUCCUACUUCCUGGUUUCCCAGGGAGAUUAUUCAGUGGCAUGCUCGCCCCUUCUGAAACUUUCUCGACACUGGCAUGAUCGUUACAGGAAUUCCACACUCACUCGGCUACAUUUUGGACAUCUGGAAAACAAGCUUGUGGACCACUCAAGCGUGGAUUAAGGGAAAGACUUUUGCCUCAGAUGCUGAAAUCUCUGCUUGGAAAAAAAUAUUUGAGUGCAGCACAUUGUCUCUGUGCCUCCAAAAAAUUACCAGAGACCAGGGCCUAUCAGUGGAGCCCUCCUGUACAGAGUUAGAGAAGCUGGAGGAUUUGUACUGACAAAGGGCUUUUGUUAACAGGAAAUUGGACCAGGGGCAGGUUGGAGUGGUUGAGGUGUAGAGAUGAACCCUUUGUCAAAUACUCUGAAUAGACAAACUGUGCUAGAUUGACUUUCUCAUGGUGGCUAACAGUUUUCUUAAAUAAAUUCAUAUAGUGUAUUCAUUCAAGAAAAAUAUGCUAUAAAAUGCUCUUAUAUGGUCUAAGAUGGUCUGAUGAUUUGAGAGGGCUUUCUUAAGGAGUUUAUAAAGAUGGAAAAUGCAAACAGUGACCCAGAGGAUCUGGGUAAAUAUCCUCCCAACUCUUUUCUAAGUAAGAUCUCCACCAUGUUUACACGAGGUGGGACAGAGAAACCCGAAUCACAGAUGGAGGCAGGGGAGACGGCAGUGCUGAUGUCUUUCCGACCCCUGCCCGAUGAAGAGGAUCACUCUGAAGGAGCCGAUAACACUGCCGACGCUGUUAGCAGGAGUGAUGACCCGAAGGCAGCGGAGGAUGGGUGUGGCAUGGGCACGGCCUGUCAGAACGGCAAGCCCAGCAACCCUGAGACAGAGGAGCAUGGGGAAUCAUGGGAUUCAGAGGGAAGGGGGAAAGAGUCAUCACCCAUAUCGCCCAGCACAGACGAUGCGACCAUCCGGGCCACCGUGGAUCCUGAUUUGGUCCAGGUGACCAUGGUGGAAACCUAUAGCGACACAGAGACGGAGGAUGAGGAGGGGAGCAGCAGCCUGAGCCAAUCAGGAGAGUACCCUCAUAAAAAAGAUGAGGAGAAAGUAGAACUUAAUACAGAUCAGCUGCUGGACUCCACAGGAGAUUCGAUUGAGUCAGACAUAGAGGUUCCUGUCUUUAGACUGCAUGCUCUACGGCAGAAAUCCAUCAAAGACGUCUCUGUCCCUCUCAGAACGACGGCUGCUGGAGAAUGUGACAGUCAAACGGACCCCACUCUGCCAUCCCCUGCAACCGACCAACAAGUGCCUGGUUUUGUCGGUAGCCCUGACGUGCAUCUAGAUCUCCAGAGUGCAGACACGACCACAGACGCCAUGGGCUCCCAGUCUUCCACGCACGCUACACCCGCCACUUGCUCUUGCCGUACUGCUCGCCAGGAUGGAACUGCCAAAGAUGUCCCCAAACCCUCUGCUGAUGCCCUCUCUGGAGUGCCUUCCUCCGUUCGUGAUUCCUGUGCAGGCCCAGGCCUGGAGGAGCAGUCUGACGCUGUCAGCAAGGAAGGUCCUUCGGGGACAGCCACAGCAGUGUCGCACGGCCAGGGAGACUCCCCUGCUGACACCCUGCCAAGUGUCAUGCCCUCUCCGCCCGCAAGCCAAAAGGAGAUGCCUGCCAGCAAGGGGAGGGACACGCCCUCGGGGUGCCACUCCAAGGGCACGUCCUUCACUUCCUGCGCCACUGUGGAGAAGCACUUCCAGCUGCCCGCCCUCUUCAGCGGGCUACGGGUGUUGAAGAAGGGGGCUGUGGGGGAGGACAGGGAGACGGUGGCUGAGAUCAAACAGAGGGACACCGACUUGGCUCUGCUCAAUCUGAAGAAGCCGGUCAACAAAGCCAAGCUCUUCCCUGAGCAGCUGUCCGGCAGGAAACGUCCGGAGCCCAAAGCCGUGCCAGAGCACAGGAGCAGCUUCCUGGAGCAGUUCACCCAGCUCCUAAGUUUGGAUGGUACCAGAGUCGAGGACAAGGGGGACCCCUCAGCGGACUGUAGUGACCCCAAGGACCCUGAGGAUACAGAGGAGGGUGCGGAGGAGGGCACAGGGCCCGCUGCAUCGAAAGAGGAUGCUGGCAAAGCCACAGAGACAGCGUUUGAUGCCUUCAAGUCUUUCUUUAGCAGCAGAUCUGGGAGGAAGGAUUCUUCAGAUCCUCUGGACCUGGAUGCAGUGAAAAGGAAAAUCAGAAAUGACAAAGAGGUGCUGAAAGCCAUCUUUGAAAGAUCUGUUUCUAGACCUGCUGCUGCUGACAAUAAAAGCCCAACAGAACUAAAAUCUGAGGUGACCUCGCCCGCCGACAGCGAAGAUCGAACCCCCGGACGACUGCAGGCCAUCUGGCCCCCACCUAAGUCUAAAGACGAGGAGGAGAAGGUGGGCCUCAGGUACACUGAAGCAGAGCACCAGGCUGCCCUUCUGCAGCUGAAGAGAGAAUGCAAAGAGGAGGUGGAAAAACUGCAUGCAGACUUCGAGCUCAGGAUCUUCCAGGUGCGGGGGGAGCAUGCGGUCACAGUGUCCAAGCUGGAGGGAGCCAUCGCCAGGAUGCAAAGAGAUCUGGCCUGCAACGUGUGCCACGAGCGCGGGCAGCUCCGGGAGGCCUGCGUGUCCACAGAGGACGACCUGCCGCCCAAAACGUUCCGCAACGUCUGCAUCCAGACGGACCGAGAGACCUUCAUCAAGACGCCUGAGGACGAGAAUGGCAGGCUCGCUCCGAGCCCCAACCAGAACGUGCCUAAAAAACUCAACCUCGAGUCCAUCAACCUGAGCCUCACGGGCAAGUCAGAGAAUGCCUCAGGACAAGCCCCUCCUCCUCCUCCUCCUCCCCCUCCGCCUCCCCCCAUGCCUGGUCAGUCAGGUCCGCCUCCUCCGCCUCCUUUGCCUAGCGGCCUGGGCGUUCCACCUCCACCUCCCCUGCCUGGGUUCGGGCCCCCACCUCCUCCACCCCUUCCUGGGGCAGGUCCCCCUCCUCCACCUCCUCUCCCUGGGGCAGGCCCCCCUCCUCCACCUCCCAUGCCAGGGUGUGGCCCUCCGCCUCCACCCCCUCCCGCCGGAGGGCUGGCCUUUGGCCGCUCGGUGGAGAGAGCCCCGCGGAAGGCGGCUGUGGAACCAGCGUGUCCCAUGAAGCCCUUGUACUGGACCAGGAUUCAGAUCCAGGACAAUAACAAUAACACCCUCUGGGGGUCUCUUGAAGAGCCAGACAUCAUCAACACGAAGGAGUUUGAGGACCUCUUCUCCAAAGCAACACUGCAGCCCAAGAAGAAGCCCCUCUCGGACACCUAUGAGAAGAAGGCCAAGGCCAAGAAGAUAAUCAAACUGUUGGACGGGAAGCGUUCUCAAGCAGUAGGGAUCCUUAUUUCUAGUCUGCACCUGGAAAUGAAGGACAUUCAACAAGCUGUUUUGACUGUGGACAACUCUGUGGUGGACCUGGAGACCAUCGAGGCUUUAUAUGAAAAUAGGGCCCAAAGUGACGAGCUGGAGAAAAUUAAGAAACACUAUGAAAACUCCAAGGAGGAUGAAGUCAAGCUGCUAGACAAGCCUGAACAAUUCCUUUACGAGCUCUCUCAGAUCCCCGACUUCUCCGGCAGAGCCCACUGCAUCAUAUUCCAGUCCGUCUUCUUCGACGGGAUGUCCUCCGUCCGCCGCAAAGUGGAGAUCGUCUCCCGCGUGUGCAAGGGUCUUCUGGAGCGUAGCAGCGUGAAGGACGUGAUGGGGCUGGUUCUGGCCUUCGGAAACUACAUGAACGGGGGGAACAGGACCAGGGGCCAGGCUGACGGCUUCGGCCUGGAGAUCCUGCCCAAGCUGAAGGACGUCAAAAGCAGGGACAAUCGCAUCAGUUUGGUGGAUUAUGUGGUCUUGUACUACCUGCGCAACUUUGAUGAGCAUGUGGGGACAGACAAGAGCGUCUUCCCUCUACCCGAGCCCCAGGACUUCUUCCUGGCUGCGCAGGUCAAGUUUGAAGACCUGGAGAAAGACAUCAGGAAGCUAAAGAGGGACCUGACUGCUUGUGAAAAGAAUGUGGAAAGGGUGUGUACAAACUCUCUGGAGGAGCACCUUCAGCCAUUCAAGGAUAAAAUGGAAGCUUUCAUCUCAACCGCUCAAAAAGAACACACUGCUGAAGAUGAACAUCUCCAAGCUGCACAAAAAAGCUUCCAAGACAUGGUGGGCUACUUUGGUCUGAAGCCCAAAUCUGGGGAGAAGGAGGUGGCGCCCAGCUACGUCUUCAUGCUGUGGUACGAGUUCUGCACUGACUUUAAGAACACUUGGAAGCGGGAGAGCAAAAACAUCUUCAAGGAGAGGCUGAAGGAGGCUCAGCAGUCUGUCAAUAAGAUCACUGCAGAGAAGAAAGUGGAGACCAAGAAGAUCAACCCCAAUAGUCUGAAAGAGAGACUUCGCCAAAAGGAAGCAAGUGUGUCUUCCAGCUGAGAGAGACAGUGGAAGAGGAAGGAAAGAAGGAGACAGAUGGAAGCUGGAGUGUGGUCCACCUCCGGCUGUUCCUCUAGGUUCUUCUCUGGAUGUCGUACCUCAGUACUCACGGUGCCCUUGGUGCCAACACUCACCUUACUGCUCUCUUGUCCUGUAGUCCAUACCUACCACUCCUGGUUCCAACACAGGACCACAAGAGGGAGGACCCAUAUCUACCUUGCAACUACUGGAGUGGAUAACUUAACUUGGAUGACUGGAGUGCUGAUUUUUUUAAAAAAAACUGAGAAGGCAGAAGUCCAGGAAGGUGACACAGAAAUCCUUAAUGUCCAGUACCCCUUAAUCAAUCAGUGGCAUCUGGGGUGGGACCUGUGCCACCAGCAUCACUAUGGCUUUGCUGUGAGGCUUUUAACAUUGACAGCUUUGAACACAAAGCGUGGCAUAUCUGAAAAGAUCAUUACUUGUGUUCUCAGACCUCUUGGAAAAGUGGAGGUUUUUUCUUCUGUAAAGGAAAGUGAUCCUUCUUGAACUCAGUGAAAUGCAAUAUACCUAGGUUAUAUGUAGCAUACAAGGAUGAAAUCAUGUCAGCUCUGACUAAGCAGAGAUAUAUACCAAGUGAUCUUCAAACUGAUGUAAAAGAAACCAUCAAAAUGACAAGCCAUUCAUUAGCUACAGGUCAGACAAAGCAUUUUAGAAUAUGUAUAUUUAGGCAACAAACUCACACUCUCACAGGUUUGCCUUUUUAUGGGCAGAUUCUGCCAAAGUUGUUAAUCAUCCAGAGUAAAGAGUUAACUUCUAUGUGCAAUUCAGUAAGAAUUCCCCUGUUAUGAGCUGAUAGUCGUUGUUGAUGGUUAAUGUAGUUUUUUUUAGUAUCAGGGAAGUAUAUUGUGACCCGUAAUGUUCCCCUCUGGACUACAGUGACCCCCAGCAGGGUGAGUACAGGCACUGCCAGAUGGUGGCAGCACUGACUCUGCCUUGUCCUUGUACACAAUUUCAUUAUAGAGUGUUGAUGGACAGGAGUACAAUAUCAGAUCUAAUGGAAAGUACUUGACUAUUCCAGGAGUGUUAUGGCCUGGUAAAAUACACACAGUUAUUCUUAUAAGAUCCCUAAAUAACAAAUAAAUAUUAUGUGUUAUUAGAUGGAAUAUGCAUCAAAAUUCUAAGCACUUUCCUGCUUGCAACAGCUUUAUUCAGUACUCCACAUUUCCCCAGCCUUGUAUGGUAGUGGUACAGAAAUAUUGCACUUUUUUAAACCUCAGUUUUAAUUCCUAUGCAAUUUUUUUCCUCACUGUAACUAUAACAUUUAUGACUUAUUAUAUGAUGUUAUGAAAACACAUUAUCCAUUUACAUUUUUAGGAAAGAAAAAACUAUUUUUAUUUAACAAACUGUUUCUAUUUGACUUCUGUGUGAAAUUUGAUCGUUGUCUUGGAGAAAAACAAAAGGUAAAUAAUUAUCAAUGACACCCC